CCUCCUCCUCCGUGAUAGGUUGCCAGUUACUCUUAAAAAUAGUUGAAUACAAGAAGCCGAGGAGGACAGACGCUCUCCUCCUCCUCCUCUUCCUCCUCUUCCUCUCACAUAAGAAGACCCCAAGAGGAAGAAUCACCGUCUCAGGAUCAAGAGGAAGAGUUAAUCCUAUUCUUAAGGGAUUGAAAGAGGAUUGGAUUCCCUUUCCGUGUGUUGAGGAGGAUCAGAGGAUUAAGGAAGAGGAUUAGCGGACAAAGAAGUGGAAUUGAAGUGGUUGUGAAGUGGAUUGAUUCUUCGGGUGGAGUUUUUGUUUGUGGUUGUGGUUGACUGACUCCCUUUCUGUUGCCUCACUUCUCUCUCUCUCUCUCUCUCUCUCUCUCUCUCUCUCUCUCUUUUCUUUUUCCUUUUAUUUCUCUUUCUUUUCCUUCUCUAUCUUCCUCUUCUCUUCCUUCUUUCUCUUCUUUCUUUCUUGCAUUCCUUCCUUCCUUCCUUCCUUCCUUCCUUCUCCACAUUCCUUAUCUUUUCCUUCCCUUCCAUUCCUUCCUUCCUUUGUAUUCUCCAUUCCCCUCCUCCUCCUCCUCCUCCUCCUCCUCCUCCUCCAACCUGUUCCCCUGUCAUUUUAAAGAGAGAAAAAAGAAAGAAAAAAAAACUCAAGGUCAGGGAAUUUAGUGUUUUGCUUUGUGUGUGUGUGUGUGUGUGUGUGUGUGUGUGUGUUUAGUAGUAGUAGUAGUAGUAGUAGUAGUAGUAUGGUAGAGUGGAAGAAUUAAAAAGUGGAAGAAUAUUGUCAACUCAAAGUGGAGGAGGAGGAGGAGCAAGUGGAGUGAUAUAGUGGAGAAGUGGAGUAUAAAGUGGAUUGGAAGACACAAGUGGAGUGGAUGAAAUAAGUGGAGGAAUUGUCUUAGAUGUGGAAGGGAAUGAAAAUGGAGGAAUAAGAAGGUAGAGAAAUAUUAAGUGGAAGAAGUGGAGAAGAAAAAAAAGUGGAGUUCAAUAGUGGAGUGGAUGAAAUAAGUGCAUGAAUUUUCUCAGAUGUGGAAGGUAAAAAAAGUGGAUACAUAAGAAACUGAAGAUAUUUUGUGAAGUGGAAAAAGUGGAGGGGAAAAAAAGUGGAGCAGUUGCAAGUGGAGUGGAAGAGGAAAGUGGAGUGGAUGAAAUAAGUGGAUGAAUUGUCUUAGAUGUGGAAGGGAGAGAAAAUGGAGGAAUACAAAACUAGUAUUGUGAAGUGGAAUUAGUGGAGGGGAAAAAAGUGGAGUACAAUAGUGGAGUGGAUGAAUUUUCAAAUGUGGAAGGGGAAGAAAGUGGACGAAUCAGAAAGUAAAGACAUAUAGUGGAGUGGAAUUAUAGGAGGGGAAAAAAGUGGAUCAGUAUCAAGUGGAGUGGUAGUGGAGUGGAGAUGCCAGUGGUCAGGGAGAGAAGCCCCAGGGUGGAGGGGGGGCGGGGUUACCCAAGGGUGGAUAACUGGAGGAAAAUUAACCAAUCCACAUUUUGGCCCCUCCGUCCACUUUCCUCCACCUCCUCCACUUCCUCUGUAUGUGGGGGUGGAAGGGGGGUGAAGGGGGGUCAGUCUUCCCUCCACCCCUCCAUUUCUUCUCUCCAUUCCCUCCCUCCCUCCUCUCCUCUCUAUGAUAAAAGUCAAUGUUAUCUAUUAUCAAAUGGUCAUAUGAGAGAUUGGCUUCCCUCCUCCUCCUCCUCCUCCUCCUCUUCCUCCUCCUCCUCUUGCUUAUCUCCUCCUCCUCCCUUGUUUCAGCAUCCCCCAGUCUCCUCUCCCUCCUCCUCUUCCUCUUCUCUCUCCUCUUCCUCUGUUCGUAACCGCCCCUUCUCCUCCUCCUCCUCCUCUCCACUUUCCUCUUCUAACCCAAAACACCCUUCCUCCUCCUCCUCCUCUUCCUGCUUAUCACCUCCUGUCCCUCACCACCACAACCACAAUCACCAACACCACCACAGUCAACCCUCAACCAAGCUCAGAGGAGGACCAGCAACCAACCACCUCCAAAAAUUGACCUCAUUUGGGAAGGUCAUGGAUGGUCACCCUUCCUCCCCUUGUGAUAUGGGUGAUGGGAGUGCAAGGGAGAUGGGUGACCUAAGGAGGGGUACCGCUGGAUUGCAUAAGGUUGAAAUGGAUGAGGAGUUGGAUGACAUAGAAGAUGGGAGUGAAGGGACUUGUGUCGUGGUGAAGGAGAAUGUGAGUUUAAGGGAUAACUUUGAAGAAAUGAUUAAGAAAAGUGAAGAAAACGGAGGAUUAAGAGAACGUAUCAGUAUUCUGGAUAACUCAAGUAAAGAAAUGAUGGCUAUGAGUGAAGAAAACGAAGAAAGACGAAAAAAUGGUGUUAGGGGAAACUUAAGUGAAGAAAUGAUUGAGGAAAGUGAAGAAAACGGAGGAUUAAGAGAACAUAUCAGUAUUCUGGAUAACUCAAGUAAAGAAAUGAUGGCUAUGAGUGAAGAAAACGAAGAAGAAAGACGAAAAAAUAGUGUUAGGGGAAACUUAAGUGAAGAAAUGAUUGAGGAAAGUGAAGAAAACGGAGGAUUAAGAGAACGUAUUGAUGUUCUGGAUAACUCAAGUAAAGAAAUGCUAGCUAUAAGUGAAGAAAAAAGAAGAAAAAAUAGUGUUAGGGAAAACUUAAGUGAAGAAAUAAUUGAGAAAAGUGAAGAAAACGGUGAAUCAAGAGAAAAUAACAGUUUUAAGGGUGACUCAAGAAAAGAAAUGAUGGCGCUAAGUAAAGAAAACGAAGUAGUAAAAGCAUUUAUUACUGUUAAGGGAGAUUUUAGUGAAGAAAAUGAGGACUCAGGUGAAGAAAAUGAGAAGAAGAGAAGAAAUAGAAGCAAUGGAUAUAACAUAAAGGAAGAAACGAUUGCCUUUGAUGAAGAAAACGAGGAAAUGAAAGAAAAUAUUAGUGUUAGGGGAGACUCAAGUGAAAAAACGAUUGACUUAAGUGAAAAAAACGAAGAAAUAAGAGAAUGUAAGGGUGACUCAAGCAAAGAAAAGGAUAUUACUAUAGAGAGUGAGAAGAUAGGAGGAAAUACAAAUGAAGAAAAGAUAGAAUUAAAAGAAGAAAACGCUGAUUCAAAAGGGAGUACUUGUGAAAAUGAAACACAGACCCAACCAGACAGUGCCUCAACUCAGAGCCAAACCAGCAACACACAGAAACACUUGCAAACCAAACGAUACAGAAUUCUGACCCACGAAUUUCAUAGCUUUCACAAACCAAGGAGUGUUGCAUGUGACUUAGACGGUGAAGAUGAAACACAAACUAAACCAAACAGUGAAUCAACUCAAAACAAGACAAGCAACACAGAAAAACAAGCAGAAAACAAAGAAUAUGAGAACGUAAGCCAAAAUUUCACUGUCCCAAGCAAAACAAAGAAAGACGAAGAUGAAUUUAACAGUGAAAAUGAAAUACAGAUUGAACCAAACAGUGAAUUAACCCAAAACAAGACAAGCAACACAGAAAAACAAGCAGAAAACAAACAAUAUGAGAACGUAAGCCAAAAUUUCACUGUCCCAAACAAAACUAAGAAUGACGAAGAUGAAUUUAACAGUGAAAAUGAAAUACAGAUUGAACCAAACAAUGAAUCAAGGCAAAACAAAACAAGCAACACAAUGAAACACUCACAAAACAAACAGUAUGAGAACUUAGGCAAAGAUUUCACUGUCCCAAGCAAAACAAAGAAAGAGGAAGAUGAAUUUAAUAGUGAAAAUGAAAUACAGAUUGAACCAAACAGUGAAUCAACUCAAAACAACACAAGCAACACACAGAAAUACACAGCAACCAAGCAGUAUUACAACUUAAGUCCAAUAUUUACUGACUUAAGCGAAACAGAAAAUGAGGAAGAUGAAAUAGACAGUGAAAAUGAAAAACAAUCUCAAGAAAACAAUGAAUCAAGACAAAACAAGACAAACAACGCAGAAGAAAACACAGAAUCCAAACAAUAUACUGACUUAAACAAAACAAAGAAUGAUGAUGAAAAUGACCAAAAAAGUGAAAAUGAAAAACAAUAUCAAGAAAACAAUGAAUCAAGACAAAACAACUCAAGCAACACACAAGAAAACACAGAAACAAAACAACUUACUGACUUAAGCAAAACAAAGAAUAGUGAUGAAAAUGACCAAAAAAGUGAAAAUGAAAAACAAUCUCAAGAAAACAAUGAAUCAAGACAAAACAAAACAAGCAACACACAAGAAAACACAGAAACCAAACAACUUACUGACUUAAGCAAAACAAAGCUUGACGAAAAUGACCAAAACAAUCAAAACAAAACCCAAACGAACAAUGAAAACAACAACACCAAACAAGAAAACGGAGAAAACAAAGAAAACAAAAACUCAGACCAAAAAAGUUCCGAGGAAAGUGAAACCAAAAGUGAUGAAAAUGACACCCCAAAAACCUCAAGUCAAAAUGAUAGUGACCAACCCUUUUUAAGUGACCCAAAAGAGGAAAAGGGAAUUAAGGAGAAAGCCCCCCUUAAUGAGACCAUUGCAAAAGUCGGGUCGGGGGGGAUGGGGAAGAGACGGGGGGGUGAGAAGGCUUUGAAGGGGGCGGUAUCCCAUCUCCCCCUUCCCCGGCAAUCCACCUUCACCAUUUCCUCUGUGGGGGAGAAAGGGGUGAAAGGGGGUGGGGUGAGGGGUCCAGCCGCCCCCCUUUCACUGCCCCCCAAGCCGCCUGUGUUAUGGGCCCAUCGUGGGAACGGAGGGAAGAAAACAGGAGGAGGCGGAGGAGGAGGAGGAGGAGGCGGAGGAAGAGGAGGAGGAGGAGGAGGAGGAGGAGGCGUGAGCACCCCUCCCCCCCAGCCCCGAGGACGGGUGAUGAAGAUAGGCGUGAAGGAGGAGGUACUGAAGAAGAACAGCAACACCAAUAGCAACACCACCCUCAACACCGCUAACACCACCCCGCCCUCAGCAGGCCUAGUCACGCCCGCCAGCAGAACCAGAUCAGCCUCUCGGGGGUCAAACGGGGCCAGUCCACGGGGCCUCCACAAGCCCAGCUCCGUUGCCCCAGCCCCAGCCCGCCCCACAUCACGCCCGGGGUCACUCAAUCGCUUCGGGUUCCGCUCAGGAGGACGGCUUAAGGGUGGCGACAGCACGGACAGUGUCAACUCAAUUCUCAGCGAUGCCCAGACAGCCUCGGACUCAACCCCGGAUCUGUGCGACGCCUGUGACCUUGAGAAUGGUAACGUCAACACCAACACCACCGUCAACACCACUGCUAACACCACUAGUAACACCACCAGGCUCCCCAAGCAGACGGUGAAGCAGACAGCGAAGCAUCAGGUCAAGUUUCAGGACGUCCAACAUUCACCCCUGAAAUCCAAAGACUCUAACCUGGAUUCCCCCGCGGCUAGAGUCCCCCACCUGAGUGUCAGUGCCGGGGGUAGCGUCGGGGGUAGUGCCGGGUCAUCCCCUUCCUCUGGUCGCCUAACCGCCACCACUCGCCAGCUCCCGAAACCGCAAAUCCCGACGGUGAAAUCUUUCCCGAAUUCGAAAACGCCGCCACAGCCGCAAGUCACGCAGGUGUACGUGGAAGUUCCGCCUCGUGGUAAACCCUUCCACCCGCAGCCUAGGGUCUCGCGGGACUCCGAAAGCUCGUCCAAGUCCGCCACGGAGGCUGAUUCCGGCUUGGGGUCCUCCAGCGAGAGUGACCGAUUGGCGCGCGGCGAGGAAACUUGCGACACGGAUACCCUUGACUCAAACAACCUGGAAUUCCCUGAGGACGUAUCGGAGUUGUGGCUACGGGAGAAGCGGGGGAGUGUCCUUGAGGCGGGGCGUGGCGGGGGAGGUCAUCUCGCCCCACACAGCACCCUGGAGUUAGCGUUCAAGGGGUCAGGAAGCAUUGAAGUGAAGCGUCGCGGUAUAGAAGUGAAAGUUACGGCAAAUCCCUCAACAGUCAUGCCUAGUAAGGGUGUUGGUGGCUUGGGAGGCUUGGGGAGUGGGGUGACAUCUUCCUCCUCCUCCUCCUCUUCCGUCCUGACCUCCCCGCCUGACAGAAAAGGGAAGGGAGGGAAGGAGAAGAGGGAGAGCCCGAUCACAUAUGGAAUGGCCCGUCAAAAAUUCGCGCCAUACUCAAGAAAUCGCUUUGGGUACUACCACAGCGCCUACCAGACUAAGUCUACCGAUACUACCACCUCCGCUACCACCGCUAAGCUAUCCAUGGCUACACCUACCACCACAACCAAUAAACCGACCCCCAACGCAACCAAAACAGCAUCACCGCCAAAGACUACCAAAGCACACAGCAAAAGCCCACCUAGUCACCACCACGCCGGGAAGACCUCACCACCGCAAACCGCGAAAUCGUCACCGCCAAACACGACCGCCGGGUUAGUCAAGAGUCGUGUUGCGCUACUGGAAACGACGCCACAGAACUCCGCCAAGAAGACAUCGCCGCAGCCCCCGCCAAGCCUCAGAAAGCCCCAAGCCCUCAAAAAGCCCCUAGUCAGACCAACAUCACUCGAGAAGUCCCCAUUGCUAGUCAUGCCAGUGUCCGAACGUAACAUCGAGUUGAGCAAACCAGUGUUCCGUAGACUCGAAUAUUCCGAGUACGAACGGCAGAAGGACCCCACUGGUACCCAAACCAAAGGGGUGGUUGAGGAUAUCCUAAUCGUCGGUUCGGUUGAGACGCAAACCCUACCGGACAACCACAGUGAUCUCAAGGCGACGACGAAACUCAAGACAAGUCCGACCGGUGACCUGACCCACAACGAGGUCACCAAGUCCUCCCAGGAUGCCAAGGAGCGCGAGAAAGUCCUACUGGAGACUAGUAUGGAAGCUUCCUUGACCUCCGUAGCGUCUGACCUCUCCCUGACCCCACAGAACCUCUCGCCAGAUGGGUCGAAAAUCCUGACUCCGCAAUCCGAAUCCUCCUUUGAAAUCCUUGAAUCCUUGAGUGAGACGCUGGAUUUGACGAUUGAGGAGAGAAAAGUUGAGGACAAGGAUGAGGUCUCCACAUCAUCCACUUCCUCCUCCACAUCCAUUCCGACUGUCCCGGCCACAUCCACUCAACCGCAUAGGGUCAACACACAUUCACACACACACACGACCGUCUCACCGACCUCCGACCAUCACUACCGGCCUCUCACAAACCUUCUCUCAUCGCUGAAAUCAUCAAUGGACUCACAGUCAUCCAGCGACUCCCAGCGCUCACCCACAGACUCAUCCUCCACACACCAUCACCUGGCACUGACCAACUCCUCAUCCGGGCAAUCGGGGACCUGUACGCCGAUUCUGACAUCCGCACGUGACCUCGAUCUCGACUUUCUUAUCGACGACGAGAUUGCCGACCAGCCCGGAUUGACGUUCGGAGAGGAAGCAUCUGGCGGGGGGCUGUCAACGUCCUUCUUUGGGGAUGACGAGUUUGACGAGCUUGUCGCGGCCGUGUCGGGGGCGGCCGCAGGGGGUGUUGGGGGUGGUGGUGCGAUGCCUUCACCCACGCACCUCCACAACCACCACCACCUCCACCAAGGCUUGCUUCCUCACCUCCAGCAUCUUGGGUCCCCGGCGAAUAGUGGAGGUGGCUGUUCCUCCACUGCGACCUCAACUGGUGAUGGAUGUCGGCGGCCCAGAGCAGAUAGUUUGGACACCAGUACCUCAAGUCUGGCGGGGGAUGAUCUUAUGUUGGACUAUGAAGCAAGUACGCCUUGUGACUCCACCACCACCUCCACCUCCACCUCCACCGCCACCACCACCACCACCUCCACCGUGGGAGUGAGAGAGGGAGCCCGACCUAAGAGUACGCAUCUACGCAUUGCCUUGCCUGGACGGAGGUACGAGGAGGAGGUGAUGAGUCCAGACGCGAGCGAGAUAUUCAGCGAGUGGACAGCGAUGAUUGCGGAGAUGGGCGGCAGUGAGAGAUGCUCCUCUAGGGAUGGUAGUUCUGGCAGUGGUCGAAUUCCGCGGCCCCGCCAAGGCUCGCUGACGGACCCCACCAUGCCUCCUGACCCACGCCGACCCAUGGUGCUGCGACCCCCAAGACAGGGCAGCGUGAGCGAGAGCGAGGGCAGCUGCGGCAGUGGAGUGGGCAGCAACGGCCUCAACAGUGGAAGCAGCGGGGGUGGAGGCGGAGUGGGCGGAGGGGGUGUGUUUGUGGACCGUACCACCUACCACUACAUGUACCAGGAUGUGACGGCACUGAAGACGAUGCUGUUGAGGCUGAGGAGGAUGUUACAGGCUGCCGACACCAUCAACCCCUUCGACGCUAACCUCAGGAACUCGCUGUACUUGAGUCUGGCCAGCAGUGAGUCACCUGGCCUCAAUGGAGAGAAGGAUGCCAUCACCCCAACGCAAGUGUGCCAGGAGAAUGUUGACCUCCGCAGACAGGUCGUGCUUCUACAACAACAACUCGAGGAUAAGGACCGGACCAUCCGCCUUCUACAACAGCAACUCAGCCAGAGCCUCUCCCUCCACCACCACCACCAGACACUCCACACCACCACCACCACCACGCCAGCACCCACCACCACGACCUCCACCACCACCACCACCACAGCCGAGAGCACCGUCAAUGCCGCCACGCAGACCGAGAGGCUUGUCCGUGCGCCGCUAACCGGUUCGAGUCUGUCCCGGGCGGCUUCGAUUGAUGACGGAUUGGGCCCCACUGUGAGUUCUGAAGGGGAGACCAGCGAGAGAGGGAGGAUUAGAACCACUUCCACCCCCGCCAACCACCCCCUCCUUCCACCACGCGCCACCAGCCAGCCGCCUCCGCCUCUACGCCCCCGCCCUGCCCCCACUCACCGCUGACCCCGCCCCGCCAAGCCCCAGCCGCCGCUCCACCCCCGCCAAGGCACAAAGCUGAACCAGAACAGCUGACGGAAUGGAGGUGAUUUUGUGUCCACUCGGAAAAUGCGUUUGACUACUAAAUGAAAAGAUCGUGAAGGAAGGUCGUUUUAAGGUCAUUUCGGAAGCUUGUGACUGGUUGACGCUAAGGAAAAGGUCACUGAGAAGGUCACUUUGAAGUCGUCCAAGAAGUGUGUGACAUUGAAAAGGUCGUAAGAAGGAAGGAUUUUGAGGUCAUCCAGAAAAUGUCACCAGAGAGAAAGAAGGUCAAUUUAAGGUCUUCUGAAAAACAUGAUUGGUUGUAAGAAGGUCAGGUUGAGGCCAUCUGUGAAGCAUGUGGUUGGUUGACGGUGAAGAAAAGGUCACCAAAGAAAGGUCAAAGUAAGGUCAUCUAUAAAGCCUGUGAUUGGUUUGUGAUUAAGAAAAGGUCAAACUGAGAUCUAGAAAGACUGAUUGGUUGAUGAUGAAAAAAAAAGGUCACCAAAGAAAAAAAGGUCAAAGUAAGGUCAUCUCACGUGACUGGAUGAUUAAGUAAAGGUCAACUCCGAGUGCAGUGAAAGGCCGAGAAAAAAGGUCAGGUCAGAGUUGCCAGGUGUGCCAUUCCCGAGUGACCUUGCAGCACGAAAGGUCAAAAGGUCAGCCGAGGUCACCCCAAGCCCAAGACUCGUGUGAUUGGCUACUCAGGAAACACUGUGUACGCCAAUUAUUCCAUGACUGUGUGUGUGUGUGUGUGUGUGCGUUUGUGUGCGUAUUUCCGUUUGUGUGUGCGCGUGUGUUGGGGGGCGGCGAUCAUUGCACUCACACGAAACUUUGCACAUGUACGUAUAGUGUGUGCGCGUGACUGUGUGUGCGUGUGUGCGUGUGUGCGAUGUGAUUGGUUAUCGAGAUCAUUAUUGAUUCUUCGUUGUUUUCCGCGCAUUCCUUAUUAGGUAGACAAUAAUAUGUACUUAGUGUGCGUUUGUGUGCGUCUGUGUGCGUGUGUGUGUGUGUGCGUCUGUGUGUGUGUGUGUUCCUCCAAUUUCUCCUAAUGCCAUACACAACAGAAACUUAGAACCAGAAGAAGAAAUGAUUAAAAAGAAAGAUAGGAAAGCAGAAAGAAAGGAUUAGAUUAAAGAGAGAGAAAGAAAUAAUUGAAUAGAAAUUGAAAUAAAAAAACAAGGAAGGAGAAGUAGACGAGAAACAGAGAGAGGUAGAAAAGAAACGAUCAGAGAAAGAAAGAGAAAGAAAUUGAUUAAAGAUAGAGAGAAAAAGAGAGAAAAGUGAUUAGAUAAAGAUCGGAAAACAAAAAAAUAGAAAGACAACGAAGAAGAAAAACAGAAAUAAAUGGAAAAUCAGGAAAAAGGAGAAGAAGAAAAAGAAGAAAAA